AUGAAUAAUGGAACAGAAAAUUCAAUAUACGUGGAUAGAAUUACAGUUAUUGAAACGUAUUUUUACCUAUCAUGUGGAGUACUUGGAGCACUAUUUAAUUUAAUAGUAUUAUUUAUUGGUUUUAGACAUGUUGAUACAAGUGAUAAGCCUAGACAAAUUAUUGUGAUAAACAUGACAUUGGCAGAUCUUAUUACUUGCCUUAUAUAUAUCUCUACAAGACCAAUAUUAUCAAAAGCAUCUGAAAAUAUGUGUUAUCCAUAUUAUGUUCUUAUAUUUGUAUCUCAAUUCUGUAGUUGCCUAAAUCUCUUGUGGUUAAAUGUAGACAAAUUUAUUUACAUUAAACAUCCUUUAAACUAUUAUUUGAUUGUUACAAGAAAGCGUGUUCUUAUUGUUUGUUGGUUAACAUGGAUUAGUUUAACUUUCCUUGGUGCAUUGACAUAUAGCACAAUGAAAAUUGUUCAUCCUUGCAAUGCAGUUAAGAUAAGUGAUUAUAUAUAUCUUUGUAUUGUUAUAAUGUAUGUUGUAAUAAUAUCAGGAUCAUUUAUUAUAUCAGCAAUCAUUUAUUUUAUUGCAACUAAUUCAAGACGAAUGGAACCAUCAGCAAGAUCACAACUUUUUAAACGUCUUUUUUUCGUAUUUAGUAGUACAUUUUGGACAUUUAUAACAUGUAUACCUUAUCGUUUAUUAUAUUUAACAUAUUUUUUGUUAAAUGAUUUUUUAAGUCAAGAUUUUAGUCCAUUUUUUUAUCAAUUAACAGAUUUUUUUUUAUAUUUUAUUGUUGUUGGAAUUUUAAUGAAUCCUUUAAUUACAAUUCUAACACAAAGAUUAUAUAGAGAAAAAUUAUUUUAUUAUUUUAAAAGUAUUCAAAAUAUUUUUCCAUGUUGGAAGGAAGAUAAUGAAUUUUCUGAUAGAAGAACAGUUAUUUAUUCAGAACCAAAAAGAUUAUUAAGUUUAGAUAAUCGUAAAAGAUUUAACUCUUGUAUAGAAGUACCUGUAACUAGUGGAGGAAAAAUUUCUAGAUAUGAAACAUUAAGAAUACAUCGAGGAACUUUUAAUGGUAAUACUACAAUACAUGAAAUAUGA